AUGGAUUUAGAACGACUAAAUGUUAAUCUAUUUAAAAAGUUAUCUUUAGCGAUAGCUAUCAUCCGCAAUACACCGUCGGGUAUUAAACCGGAUGUGUUCACACGUAGUUUGGCCAAACGAUUAUACCCUCGCUCAAAUCGUUCGAAUGAACUAGUUUCUCUUCUUGAUGAGCAUUUGAUUCUUCGACAACAAAAUCUUCUAUCACGUUUCGUAUCGAAUCAUUCGACAUUAACUUCAAGCAUUUCUCUGAUGGAUAUCACAAAUGCCGACACUGAUCAUGAACAGUCGAAUAAGACGACAAUGAAUGAAUAUGAAUACGGCGAAUUCGCCGAAAAAGUCUUGAAAAUCAAAAACAGAACUUAUCACAUGAAAAUCAAUGAUAUUGAAUUCCUACUGAAUACUUUAACGAAAUGGAUCACCAUGAGCGACAUUGACCAUCGAACGAUGCCAAUCGAUGCAUGUCUUUAUACGAUACAAAUAGUUGCCAACUGCUUAAAAACAGACAACGAUAAACCUUAUCACAUUAUUCUUGAUCUCCUGCCAAUGAUUGACAAAUUUAUCCACAGCGUGUUUGAUCUACUUGAGCAUACUAUGGAUGAUAAUGUGAAUUACCUUCAUCAAAUAAUCAUUUCACUAGCAUCAUCGAAUUCAUGUGUGUCCCGUAUCUUGGAUAAACUUUGUGCACGGCUUAGUCAAAACUGUGAAAAUUCAGAAAUUUCAAUAACGCUGUCCAAUGUUGAUCUGAUCGAUCGACUAUUCAAUAUUCUUCACGAAAUCAUUCAUAACCGAAGUAUAUUUCAACGUCGUCUAUCACAACGUUCGAUUGACAAACUGUACACGUUCAUUAAUCAAGUUUCCUCUUUACUCGAUGGAAAAGUCAACUACACUCAUUUACUUAGAUUAGAAGGCCAACUACAAGCAGGCAAUUACAAACGAACAAGAAUGACCGAGAAGGUCUUUCGAACUUACACAAGCUCGAGUAGUAGCGAACAUUCGCAAUAUCAGCAACAGAAACAUCAUACAACGAAAGCACUGUCGAUGCCAUUGAGAAAUAACAGUUUGGAUUAUUCCUUCAGUCAACAAUCUCAGUCGCAGUACUUUUAA